UAUUUUAUUAUUAUUAACGACUUAACGUUCGUAUAUUGAAAUUGAAAUUCUUACACAUCCCCUAAUUAGACCAAAACUGAAUUCACCUUCCUUUCUCCGUCUCCCAAAACUAAACUAAACCAAACCCUAACCAAUCCAUCAUUAUUUCUUUCUAAUUCUUUCCGAUGAUUUAUUUCGAGGUUUAUUUUCAGAUCUGAUCGACCUCAGAUUGGAUUCAUUUUGAGGAAUGGAUGAUGAUAGUGCAGAUGGAUAAAAUGUCUUCUCCUUCAUCCAGGGAGCGCGCACAGCGUCUUUAUGAGAAGAAUAUAGAGCUGGAAAAUAACCGUCGGAGAUCAGCUCAGGCACGAGUAUCUUCAGACCCCAAUGCCUGGCAGCAGAUGCGCGAGAACUAUGAGGCAAUAAUUCUUGAGGACCAUGCCUUUUCUGAGCAGCACAGUAUUGAAUAUGCAUUGUGGCAGUUACAUUACAAGCGGAUUGAAGAGCUAAGAGCACAUUAUAGUGCUGUCCUAGCUUCUGCAGGAUCAAAUACACCUCAAGGUGUGAAAGUUUCUCAACGACCUGACCGGCUUACAAAAAUAAGAUUGCAGUUUAAGACAUUCCUUUCUGAGGCAACAGGAUUUUAUCAUGAUCUGAUUUUGAAAAUCAGAGCAAAGUAUGGACUUCCAUUUGGGUACUUUUCUGAUGAUUUAGAAAGGCAAACUGUUAUGGAAAAAAAUGGGAAGAAAUCUGCUGACAUAAAAAAGGGUUUGGUAUCUUGUCACCGUUGUUUGAUAUACUUGGGAGACCUAGCACGGUACAAAGGAUUAUAUGGAGAUGGAGACUCUAAAUCACGCGAGUUUGUUGCAGCUUCAAGUUACUAUUUGCAUGCUGCAUCAAUUUGGCCAUCAAGUGGGAAUCCACAUCAUCAGCUAGCUAUUUUGGCAUCCUAUUCAGGAGAUGAGCUUUUGGCUGUUUAUCGAUAUUUUCGGAGUUUGGCUGUGGAUAACCCCUUUUUAACUGCAAGGGACAACUUGAUUGUAGCAUUUGAAAAGAAUCGCCUUAACUUUUCACAACUUCCUGGUGAUGUCAAGACUCCGUUGGUCAAGGAGCAUGGUCUGCGGUUAUCAGGAAAAGGUAGGGUGAAAGUUGGAGCAAAACUUGCAUCCAAAGAUUCCAAUAUGGAAUUAAGCACUGCUAAGGAGAAAGUAUCCCAUGUCCAGGAUACUUUUAAGUUAUUUUCCAUUCGAUUUGUGCGUCUAAAUGGUAUUCUUUUUACACGCACAAGCCUGGAGACUUUUGCAGAUGUUCUUACUCUAGUGUCUCGUGAUUUAUGUGAGCUUCUCUCUUCUGGGCCAGAAGAGGAACUGAAUUUUGGCACUGAUGCUGCUGAGAAUUCACUUCUCUUUGUUAGGCUGGUUUCCAUUCUCAUAUUUACAGUUCACAAUCUAAAGAGGGAGAAUGAAGGUCAAACGUAUGCUGAGAUUCUACAGCGUGCUGCUCUACUUCAAAAUGCAUUCACUUCCGUUUUUGAGUUGAUGGGACAUGUAGUAGAGAGAUGUUCUCAACUCCAGGAUGUUUCUUCCAGCUACACCAUACCUGCUAUUCUGGUUUUUGUUGAAUGGCUAGCUUGCUGCCCGGAUGUUGCAGUGGCAAGCUCUGCUGUGGAUGAGAAACAGUCAAUUACUAGAUCACAUUUCUGGAAACAUUGCAUAUCAUUUCUGAAUAAGAUCUUGUCAAUUAGACCGAUGUGCAUUGAUGAUGAUGAAGAUGAGACCUGCUUUUUCAAUAUGAGCAGGUAUGAAGGAGAAACUGAAAACCGUCUUGCCUUGUGGGAGGACUUUGAGUUGAGAGGGUUCUUGCCUCUUGUUCCAGCACACACCAUUUUGGACUUCUCAAGAAAGCAUUCCUUUGUAAGCGAUGGCAGUAAGGAAAAGAAAGCCCGUAUAAGAAGAAUUUUAGCAGCAGGGAAGGCUCUAGCUAAUGUCAUUAGGGUUGAUCAGAAAACUGUUUGUUUUGAUUCGAAAGCAAAGAAGUUUCUUAUUGGUGUUGAACCUUCCAAAGAUGUCACAUUCAGCUCUUCUACCCCACUCGUAACAAACGGUAUAGAGCAUGAAACCCCUUUUGAGAAGACAGUUAAUGUUGGAAAUGUGCUGCCAAUUACCCAACCUAUAACGGUUGAGGAAGAGGAUGAUGAUGAUGAAGUGAUUGUUUUCCAGCCAGUUGUGAGUGAGAAGAGAACUGAGGUGAUUAGUCCAAAAUGGCCCCACCCCAAGUCUUUGAAGCUUAACCAAAGUAGUUCUGCUGGUGAUCUCAAAUUUUAUGGCAGUACCGUGUCUGCUCCUCUUGAUAGUCUUAACCAGCAUAAUAUUUUUGGUGCUAGUCCAAUGCCUGUGUCUGCUGGAAGCAUUCUCCCUCAGUAUCUGCAGCCUGUUCAGAUGGAUGCAUCUGGGUGGUCGGUAGAAGAAACUAUGUCUCUGGUUGAUGGCUUGAAUGGUUUGACGAUGUUGGAGGAUGGGCAUUUGAAAAAACUGGAUAUGCAAGAGAAUGUGGGCCUUUGUCCUGCUACUCGUUCUAUUGCUAUCCAACAACCCAUCAGUUCUGGUGGUAUGUACUACUGUCAAACAAAAGUGCCAGAACCUGUGGUGCCAUCCAGAAUUGAUGCCGUUGUGUCUUCUAGAGUUACUGGUGAUGCCUUGUCUGUUAAAACCACCUCAGCUUUACAAAUUGGAAUGCGGAAGAACCCAAUUAGCCGUCCAGUUAGGCAUCUUGGUCCCCCACCAGGUUUUAGCCCUGUUCCUUUAAAGCCACCAAGUGAAUCUGUUCCUGCUUCAGAUUUGGAGAACACGCUGAUGGAUGAUUAUAGAUGGUUGGAUGGAUAUCAGUUAUCAUCGUCUCAUGCAGAUACCCUGUAUGUCAAUAAAAGCAGCAAUGAUGUGACUGGAACAGUAAGCUUUCCUUUCCCUGGGAAACAGGUUCCAAUGGUGCAGUUUCAAAUGGAAAAGCAGAAAGGAUGGCAGGACUAUGAUACUCUUGAGCAUUUAAAAAUUCAACAUGAACAGAAGUUACAGCAACAACAAAUCAUGAAUGGAAACCAGCAGUUCACCUCCCUGCCUGAGCAGUAUAAAGGACCAUCAGUCUGGACAAGUCGUUAUUUUGUGUGAGAUUGAGCUGGUUCUUGAGAAUGAUUUCCAUGAAUGUAUUGCAUCUCAUCCAUUUGCUGCCAAAUUCAAGACCAAGUUUGAAGUCAGUGUUGAGUUGUUGGAUCAUGGGUGGCCUUUGGCUUCUAGCAGGCACUUGCUGCUAAACAAGUGAGUAUGCUCUCUAUUAUUUUUCUUUGGUCAUUUUGUAGUUGCCCUCUCUUUUGUAUGUUUGUUCCUAUGCACUGAUUUUUUAGAUCAAUUCUGGAUUGCUCUCUCUAUUUCCUUGUCUGUUCAACUUUUUUGUGCAUAUGCACUUAGUGAGAGGUUUUAUCCUUGGAGCAUUUUCUAACAAGUCAUCACUAAUGCUUAUAAGCCUUGUCUAUGUUCUUUUCCCAAAAAAUAAAAAGGCCUUUCUGCAUAGGAAGUCCGAUCGUGCGGUUUAUAUGCUGGGUUACAGGUGUCUUAGAGAUGUUUAAUCAUGCAUGCAUGCUUUCCUGUUUAUCUCAACAGAAGUGGCUCUGACAGUUAAUUUUGCAGCUUCCACCAGAUCUGUGGUGGAAGAUCGAGGAAACCAUCUUUAAGAUGCGAAACUUGUAAGGAGUAAAUGCCUUCAGUGGUUACUUGGGAUAAAGAUAGAACAUGUUAAUAACAGAUCAUCUGUUGGUUUUGGGGGCUAUAUAUAUUGAGGAGUUGGUCGAAAAAACUUGUCCUACUGUCCUAUUAAUUUUCGGUGGCCUGCCUAAACUGCUGUUAGAAUCUGCACUUGGCAGUCAUAUAUAUAUAUAUAUAUAUAUGAUCGACUAGUUCUCUUCAGAUAAGCUUCAUAACUCAGUCGAGACAUCUACUAGGUAUGAUCUACGUAUCAGCCGUUGGACGGUGGGGAUUGGGAUUACAGUGGUGCUUUUGAUUAAGCCAGACAUGUGGGUGGGUAUUGAGCGAUGUGUAGGUCAAAGACUUAUUAUUAUGUCUAGAAUGAGUGGUUUGGAAGACAGAAAAGAGUGUGCUUUGUUAAAGUUGGGUUUCACUCAAACUUGUCAUGUAAUGAAAUAAUAAAUCUAUGAAUAAAUUUGUUUCUCAGUAUAAAA